AUGCAUGCAGAUAAAUUAGCUAAACUCAAUUAAAAAAUAAAGUUAAAAGUAAAUCCUGAGAGAACGAUUGAGAAAGUACUGGAAUCAUGUGAGUUAGAUUUGAAGAGAGUUCUCAAGAUGAAUACUCCAAAUCGCUUGAGCAAAAUUGAUUUAGAUCCAAUUAAUUCUUAGUUUUUGCAAAACAACUAAACUUUUAUAGAGCUUGUGGGUUAUCUUAGAUAAUGGAACAACAGAGUCGAUACUUAUCGCAAAGAUAAAUAGUUCUUUAAAUGCUAAAAUGCCCUCAAUACAAUCUUUAUUGAGCUGGGUAUUCACCUAAGAGAAAUUUGUUAAACGUUUCAUCGAGAUAUUCAACUAUCUUACUUAAAUAGUGUUAAGAAGUGGUUUGAAGAGAUAUAUGCUAUCUUCUGUGAAGAAUUCCAUGCUAGUUAGAAGAAAAAACAAGGAGCUGAAAAUUUUUAAGAUAUUUUGGACCGCAUCGAAUUAGCUAUAGCAUCUAAAAUAAAUAACAAUGAAAAAAUCAAUGAAAUCCUCUAAAGAAAGAAGAAAUAAGUUGUUGAUGUUAAAACUCCUACUAUCAAAUCGAUGGACUAUUUCAAAAAAUUUUUACCACGUCCAUAAACUGUAGAAAGUAAUCCAUUUUCAUAAUAAGUUUAAAAAUUGCCUCAAUAAAUUUCGUCCUAGUAAGACUCUCGCCCAAAAAAUGAUUCUAAUUAACCAAAUGAAUCCACUCAAGUAGAGUAAAAGUAAUCUAAUAAUGACCAUCAUCACCCUCAAAGUGUGAAUAAUUAAAAUAACUUGAAACCUAUAAAUGUGAUAGAAUAUGAAAGAAAAAUCUAAACCUGCAUCCCAUGUAGCAGGGCACAUUCUUAUGGUCACAUACCUCUUUAAUAGCAGGUUAGAUUUAUAUCAAAAACAUUAGAUGAAAAAACUUAAUUCAAACUCUAAGUUCUAAAAUAGAAGCUAAAUAAAGAAUAGGAAAAGAAAGAAUAAGAAUAACUUAAAAAUUUCAUUUAAAAGUAAGCAAAAGAAAGAAGGCAGUUAAUUUAAUUCAAAAAUUCCUGCAAUGAACUAACGUUCUAGUGCAAUUAAUUUGAAGAUCUUAAAUACUAAAAAAAAGAAUUAUAGGAAAAUCUCUAAGAUUCAAUAUUAUCAUAAUAUGAUUUGUUAGAUGAUAAAUCUAUGAUAGCAGGCUAUAAAUACAACAAGAAUGAAAGUUUUGACAGUUAUGCUUAAACUGGGUAAGAAGAUUAAACAAAGAAUCCAUCAUUUUUAAUGCAAAAAUCAAUAGGUAGAGAAGUUUUUGAUAAUGAAAAUGAAGAUAAUCUUUCUUAAGAAUGCAUUAAUCCAUAAAUUUCAGCCUUAACUCCUCAAUUACAAAAAAACAGAUCUCAAAUAGAGGGUUAUAAUCAAUAGUUGCUUUCUAAUUAAAAUAGCUAGUAUUUUAAAACAGCCUCUUCAUUUUUUCCUAAUAAUAAUUAAAUGCCAACUAUGGAGACAUUUAAUUAAAUUAAUAGCAGAAUUUCUACUAGUUAGCAUAAAACAAGAAAUUAUUUACAAUCUGACACAUUCUACUCAAAAUAAAAGUCUAAAUAAGAAUAUACAUCUCUUCAAUCUCCUCAAAAAGUAGCAAGCAGUCCAUAAAAGCAAGCUGUUACUAUAGAUCUGUUUGGAAUACUAGAAUAAAAGAAUUCUAGUUUAUAUAAUCCAAAAUAAGGAAAUAACUUUUUGAAUACUUAAAAUUAGAUUACCCAAGAAAUUAAAAGAAAUAAAAUAAACUAACUAAUAUAGACUAAAGGAAAAAUAAUUAACUUAACUCAAAAGUAGUUACCAUAAAUAAGUUAAACAAACAUAACUAAUAACUAUAGUAGCUAAAAUAUUUAAAACGAACUAACAGAAUAAGUUGUUAAAGAGCGCUUAUAAAACACCAUAAUGUAAUAUAGUACUAAAAUUAAACAGUACUAAGAAAAUAGAAGACAAAUUAAUACUAAAAGCAAGUAAUCUAUAACAGAUAAUUAAAUUACAAGCGAUUAGAUAGACGAAAUUAAUAAAAUUAAAAACACUCUUUCAAAAAAGAACAUCAAAAUAGAUACUAAAAAUCUAAAGGCUUCCCUUAUCAGUCCUAUUUUACCAGUUCCAUAAUACAAAUUGCUUAAAAAUAAAAGUUCUUUUUUACCUUAAUAAGGAGAACGUCUCUUUUCGGAAGAAGAAGACUGA